AUGAUUCUGACGAUUUUUUUAGUAACUUUGAUCAUGGAAUCUGCCCCUGAGAAGCUGUGUCCCCUUCGUGCCUCCAUUGAUAUUCUAGAAGGGGAAUAUUUUUUCCUUUGUUAUCUUGAGUCAAGGCAAGAACAUUGUCAGGAAGAAUCAUAUACAAUAAACUGGUAUAAAGAAAGUGCUGGCAAGCAGCAAGUGAUAAAGGAAACACGCAGAAUUGUUACACAAAUGAAUUUUCUGGAGUUUUGGCCAGCUGAACUCAGUGACUCUGGGAAUUACUCUGUCAUUCACAGCAAUGGAAAACAAAAUGUCACAAUUCAAAAGUGGACACUGAAUGUACUUGAAAGAAAUAAAAGCAGCUGUUUCAAUGAAAAUCAUUUAACUACAGAUAUUAAAAGUGCUGGAGCUGGUCAUUCACUGAAAUGCAGCGAUUUGUCUGUCCAUGAAAAUGACAGCAUAACAUGGUAUAAGGACUGUAAGAAUUAUGAACAUGAAACAGAGAGGGAACUACAUUUUAGAGCCUUAACAGUACAGAACUCUGGGAUAUAUACCUGUAAAAUUUUAAUCAGUCAUGAAGGAAUGAUGUACCACAGCACAAAUACAAUUAAACUUGUAGUAGAAGAAGAUGCACCAGAGGCUUUCACUUUGGAGAUAGUUGGACGUGAUGAAGAAAUUGAAACAGAAAUAGGUAAAGAAGAGAUAUUCAAUUGCACAGGUUCCUUGGGUGAUUAUAUGCAAGAAGAUGCCAGCCUCUACUGGUUAAUUAACCAAACGUUUCCAGAACAAUGCACAGGUAUCCCUGAGAAUGAACCUCCAAUAUGUGAAGAAGAACUCAAAACACUACAGUUGGGAAACAAGUUCUAUAUCACAAGGCUACUACGGAUUAAAAAAGUAAGAGAUGAAGACAUGCAUCAUAAUUUCACCUGCAGGUUGCAAGCUGAUGAAACCACACAAAUGAAAAUAGUAAAACUGAAGAAAGGGAAGAUCCAAGACUUGCCAGUGCAUGUAUUUACCACUGGAAUGGUCCUUGCUCUGCUAUUUUCAUUUGUUGCCAUAGCUGUGGUGUUUGUGUUAGUGAUGUUUAGGGUCGACUUCAUUCUAUUUUACAGAAAUAUUUGCAGGAGAGAUGAUACUGCUGGAGAUGGAAAAGAAUAUGAUGCAUUUGUGUCUUACCUGAAAGACUGUGUUUCUCCUACUGAAGAAGAGAGAGAAUUUGCUUUGAAGGUAUUGCCCAUGAUAUUAGAAGAAAACUUUGGGUACAAGUUAUGCAUAUUUGAGAGGGAUGUAUUCCCUGGAGGAGCAUUUGUUGAUGAUAUCCACUCAUUCAUUGAUAAAAGCAGAAGAUUAAUCAUUAUACUGAGCCAGAACUACGUCUCUGACAGAGCCAUAUACGAACUUGAGAGUGGACUGCAUAAAGCUCUAGUUGAAAGAAAAACUAAGAUCAUAUUAAUUGAAUAUAUGCCUAUAAGUGACUACAAUUUCUUGCCAGAAUCACUGUCACUUUUACCAUCAAAGAGGGUGGUGAAAUGGAAAAAAGAUAAAUCUCUUCCCGUGAAUUCCAGAUUUUGGAAGAACCUUCGGUACCUGAUGCCAGCAAAGCCUAUCAAGACAAAGACCAAAGGGCACUAUAAUAAUCUUGACUCAGGCUCAGAAACUGCUCAACCCUGGACUGAGGGCUGUGACUUUAAUGCAAUCAUAUAACAAUUCUGUAGACUGAAGAUGUAGCAGAAAACUGUGUGUUUUUCUAACUAGUAGAACUAAAUAAUCUAAUAUUCUGGGAAAUAGCUGAUUAAGAGGACAGCUCUGAGAUCUGAGAAGAACGCAGAAAUCACUGCAGUGGCCAGGAUGUCAACCCCAAUUGAGAAAUCCUAUCCUAGAGAAGGUUUCCUCAGCAAUCUGCAC